AUGAAUCUGAGAUUUCUUAAGGACUUCCUAGAAGCUCUGGAUUCGCCAGAAUCAGUUCAGGAUGAGCUGGAUGAACUUCGGGCUGAAAUGGAAGAAAUGCGUGACAGCUAUUUGGAAGAAGAUGUUUACCAGCUGCAGGAGCUCCGGCGAGAGCUGGACCGGGCAAACAAGAAUUGCCGCAUUCUCCAGUAUCGUCUCAGGAAAGCGGAACAGAAAAGCUUGAAAGUUGCACAAACAGGCCAUGUGGAUGGAGAGCUCAUUAGGAGCCUGGAACAAGAUUUGAAGGUAGCCAAAGAUGUUUCUGUCAGACUGCACCAUGAGCUGGAGAGCGUGGAGGAGAAACGUGUUAAAGCAGAAGACGAAAAUGAAAUCCUUCGACAGCAAAUCAUUGAGGUGGAAGUAUCCAAGCAGACACUGCAAAACGAGCUGGACAAGUUAAAAGAG